AGCAUGCUACAGAAUAAAUAGAAAUCAGGAAUUGCACAAAUAGGUUAAUAAAGAUAGAAACAAUCAAUUGUCAACUCAAGGUAGUAAUUUAAUACAAUUACCUAUACACCCAUCACUUGAGAUUUUAAUGAGAAUGAACUAAACGAUUUUCACGUUUUCUGCUGGAUCAUAUUAGCACCAAAAUUCGGUCGCGUACUGCAGAAUUGCAUGCCGAAUUUGAAAAGAAGAUGACGGACUGUAAGAGUCAGUUAGUUGAGCUAAACGAUCGGAUUGACACGGAAACAGAAAACGACAAGAAACUUUCAAAGUAUAGAAGAAAAGUUGAGAAAGAACUGAAUGAGAUCACAAAGCUUAAAGCUCAAAGUACAGCAAGAUUACAAGAACUGAAGAAAUCCCAUCAGAAGAUCAAGAAAGAUAUAUCGGCAAAGGCACAGGAAUGUGGUCGCUACUCUAUGGAAAACUCAACCAUGGAGAUUUCCAUGGACCAGGUGCAGGAGACCCAUCAGAUUGAAACAACACAGCUGAACAUGAACUUCGAUGUACAGAAACAAAAUCAGGAAAAGGAUAUUAAAUUAAGGGCCAAACUGCAGCAGGACAGAAAUCAGCUUCUCAGAGAUACGGACCAGUUUAAACAGGAGCAUCAACGAUUCAUGACGAACACAAACAAUCGCCUCGACGAAGCCAAACGAUGCGAGAGUGAUCUCAUAGCACAGGAGAGCAUUGCAAUCAGCAAGAACACUGCUGAAAGCAAGAGGGAAUUACUGGUGAAAAUGCAGACAGAGGUCUCAGAUCUUGAGAUUACUUUCAACAAUAUGUCUGCAGAAUAUAAUGCAGUAAAAAAGAAAUUAACAGAUCUGCGAAGCAAGAAAAUUUCUCUGGAGGUAAAGAUCAAGAAGGCAACGAAAACUAUUGAAGACAUAAAUCAGACAAAAGUAAGUCAGUUCAAAUACAUGACUAAGUAG